AUGUUAAUAAGUCAAACUGUUUACAGUGCACAGACACAAAUGAAGGCACGUCUGGCAGGAGCAGUAAAGGGUCACUCACUCUUAAAAAAGAAAGCUGAGGCUCUCCAAUUCCGUUUCAGACAGAUCCUUCAUAAAAUUAUUGAGGCAAAGAUCCUGAUGGGAGAUGUCAUGAAGGAUGCUGCAUUUUCACUGGCAGAAGCAAAAUUUGCAUCAGGUAUUGAUUUUAACCAGAGUGUGAUCCAGAAUGUGAUCAAGGCCCGUAUUAAGACCAGAAGUAAAUUGGACAAUAUUGCUG